AUGAUGGAUAUGAGCGAACUUGGAGAAUCAGCCUGCUACCUCCGCCAGGGCUACCAGGAGUUGAUGAAGGUGCACACUGUCCCAUGGGAUGGCAAGAAAAGGGUCUGGGUGCCUGACGAACAAGAUGCCUAUGUGGAGGCAGAGGUCAAGACUGAGGCUGCUGGAGGCAGAGUCACUGUGGAGACCAAAGACCAGAAGGUGCUGACGGUGCGCGAAACAGAGAUGCAACCCAUGAACCCACCUCGCUUUGACUUGUUGGAGGACAUGGCCAUGAUGACGCACCUCAACGAGGCUGCGGUGCUGCACAACUUGCGCCAGCGAUAUGCUCGCUGGAUGAUCUACACAUACUCGGGCCUCUUCUGUGUCACCAUUAACCCGUACAAAUGGCUUCCGGUCUACACAGCUUCUGUGGUGGCUGCCUACAAGGGCAAGCGUCGCUCGGAGGCCCCGCCUCAUAUAUACUCUGUGGCAGACAACGCCUACAACGACAUGCUCCGCAACCGAGAGAACCAGUCCAUGCUGAUCACCGGAGAGUCGGGGGCCGGUAAGACGGUUAACACCAAGCGGGUCAUUCAGUACUUUGCCAUCGUCGCUGCCCUGGGAGACGGGCCGGGCAAGAAGGCACAAUUUCUGGCAACAAAGACCGGGGGCACCCUGGAGGAUCAAAUCAUCGAGGCUAACCCUGCCAUGGAGGCUUUUGGCAAUGCCAAGACUCUGAGGAAUGACAACUCCUCUCGCUUUGGCAAGUUCAUCCGCAUCCACUUCGGUCCCUCCGGGAAGCUGGCCUCUGCUGACAUUGACAGCUAUCUCUUGGAAAAGUCCCGAGUGAUCUUCCAGCUGCCUGGUGAGCGUGGUUACCACGUAUACUACCAGAUCCUCUCAGGGAAGAAGCCGGAGCUGCAGGACAUGCUGCUCCUGUCCAUGAACCCCUACGACUACCAUUUCUGCAGCCAGGGGGUCACAACGGUGGAUAACAUGGAUGACGGGGAGGAGCUCAUCGCCACUGACCAUGCCAUGGAUAUCCUGGGCUUCAGCGUGGAGGAGAAGUGUGCCUGCUAUAAGAUCGUGGGUGCCCUCCUGCACUUUGGCAACAUGAAGUUCAAACAGAAGCAGAGAGAGGAACAGGCCGAGGCAGACGGCACUGAGAGUGCUGACAAGGCUGCCUACCUGAUGGGGGUCAGCAGUGGGGACCUCCUCAAAGGUCUGCUGCACCCCCGGGUCCGUGUAGGAAACGAGUAUGUGACCAAGGGCCAGAGCGUGGAGCAGGUGGUGUUCGCUGUGGGGGCCCUGGCCAAGGCCACCUAUGACCGGCUGUUCCGGUGGCUGGUGUCUCGAAUCAAUCAGACCCUGGACACGAAGCUGCCCCGACAGUUCUUCAUUGGGGUCCUGGACAUCGCUGGCUUCGAGAUCUUUGAGUUCAACAGCUUCGAGCAGCUGUGCAUCAACUUCACCAACGAGAAGCUGCAGCAGUUCUUCAACCAGCACAUGUUCGUGCUGGAGCAGGAGGAGUACAAGCGGGAGGGCAUCGACUGGGUCUUCAUCGACUUCGGCCUGGACCUGCAGCCCUGCAUCGACCUCAUCGAGAAGCCUCUGGGCAUUCUUUCCAUCCUGGAGGAGGAGUGCAUGUUCCCCAAGGCUUCGGAUGCCAGCUUCAGGGCCAAGCUCUAUGACAACCACUCUGGGAAGUCACCUAACUUCCAGCAGCCUCGCCCAGACAAGAAACGCAAGUACCAGGCUCACUUUGAGGUGGUCCACUACGCAGGCGUGGUACCUUAUAGCAUCGUGGGCUGGUUGGAGAAAAACAAGGAUCCCCUCAAUGAGACGGUGGUCCCCAUCUUCCAAAAGUCACAGAACAGACUCUUGGCCACCCUGUAUGAGAACUAUGCAGGCUCUUGCUCCACUGAGCCCCCCAAGUCUGGGGUGAAAGAGAAGCGCAAGAAGGCAGCAGCAUUUCAGACGGUGUCCCAGCUCCACAAGGAGAACCUGAACAAGCUCAUGACCAACCUUCGGGCCACUCAGCCCCACUUCGUCCGGUGCAUCGUCCCCAAUGAGAACAAGACUCCAGGGGUCAUGGAUUCCUUCCUGGUGCUACACCAGCUACGCUGCAAUGGGGUCCUGGAAGGGAUCCGGAUCUGCCGCCAAGGGUUCCCCAACAGGCUGCUGUACGCAGACUUCAAACAGCGGUACCGGAUCCUGAACCCCAGUGCCAUCCCAGAUGACACCUUCGUGGACAGCAGGAAGGCCACAGAGAAGCUCCUGGGCUCCCUGGACAUUGACCACACUCAGUAUCAGUUUGGCCACACCAAGGUGUUCUUCAAGGCUGGACUUCUGGGCACCCUGGAGGAGCUCCGCGACCAGCGCCUGGCCAAGGUGUUGACGCUGCUGCAGGCGCGCAGCCGGGGCCGCCUCAUGCGCCUGGAGUACCAGCGCAUGCUCGGAGGAAGGGACGCCCUGUUUACCAUCCAGUGGAACAUCCGGGCCUUCAAUGCCGUCAAGAACUGGUCUUGGAUGAAGCUCUUCUUCAAGAUGAAGCCGCUGCUGCGCUCAGCACAGGCGGAAGAGGAGCUGGCCGCGCUGCGUGCGGAGUUGCGGGGGCUUCGGGGGGCUCUGGCUGCUGCUGAGGCCAAGCGGCAGGAGCUGGAGGAGACUCACGUCAGCGUCACUCAGGAGAAGAAUGACCUGGCCCUGCAGCUGCAGGCGGAGCAGGACAACCUAGCGGAUGCGGAAGAGCGCUGCCACUUGCUGAUCAAAUCCAAGGUGCAGCUUGAGGCGAAGGUGAAGGAGCUGAAUGAGCGGCUGGAAGAUGAGGAGGAAGUGAACGCUGACCUAGCUGCGCGCAGGCGCAAGCUGGAGGACGAAUGCACAGAGCUCAAGAAGGACAUAGAUGACCUGGAGCUGACACUGGCCAAGGCCGAGAAGGAGAAACAAGCCACUGAGAACAAGGUGAAGAACCUGACCGAGGAGAUGGCUGCCUUGGAUGAGUCCGUGGUCCGCCUGACCAAGGAGAAGAAGGCAUUGCAGGAGGCUCACCAGCAGGCUCUGGGCGACCUGCAGGCCGAGGAGGACCGCGUGAGCGCGCUGGCCAAGGCCAAGAUCCGGCUGGAGCAGCAAGUGGAGGACCUGGAGUGCUCCCUGGAGCAAGAGAAGAAGCUGCGCAUGGACACGGAACGUGCCAAGCGCAAACUCGAGGGAGACCUGAAGCUGACCCAGGAGAUGGUGACGGACACCACCCAGGACAAGCAGCAGCUGGAGGAGAAGUUGAAGAAGAAGGAUUCCGAGCUGAGCCAGCUGAGCCUGCGGGUGGAGGACGAGCAGCUCCUAGGCGUCCAGCUGCAGAAGAAGAUCAAGGAGCUACAGGCUCGGGCGGAGGAGCUGGAGGAGGAGCUGGAGGCGGAGCGAGCGGCCCGGGCGCGCGUGGAGAAGCAGCGGGCGGAGGCCGCGCGCGAGCUGGAGGAGCUGAGCGAGAGGCUGGAGGAGGCGGGCGGCGCGUCGGCCGGCCAGCGGGAGGGCUGCCGCAAGCGCGAGGCCGAGCUGGGCCGCCUGCGGCGGGAGCUGGAGGAGGCCGUCCUGAGGCACGAGGCCACCGUGGCCGCCCUGCGCCGCAAGCAGGCGGAGAGCGCGGCGGAGCUGGGCGAGCAGGUGGACAGCCUGCAGCGCAUCCGGCAGAAGCUGGAGAAGGAGAAGAGCGAGCUGCGCAUGGAGGUGGACGACCUGGGCGCCAGCGUGGAGACUCUGGCCCGAGGCAAGGCCAGUGCAGAAAAGCUGUGCCGCACCUACGAGGAUCAGCUGAGCGAGGCCAAGAACAAGGCCGAGGAGCUGCAGCGACAGCUGGCGGACGCCAGCACGCAGCGGGGGCGGCUGCAGACGGAGAACGGGGAGCUGGGCCGCCUGCUGGAGGAGAAGGAGUCUAUGAUCAGCCAGCUGAGCCGCGGCAAGACCUCGGCGGCUCAGAGUCUGGAGGAACUUCGGAGGCAGCUGGAGGAGGAGAGCAAGGCCAAGGGCGCGCUGGCUCACGCAGUGCAGGCUCUGCGGCACGACUGUGACCUGCUCCGAGAACAGCAUGAGGAAGAGUCGGAGGCUCAGGCUGAGCUGCAGCGGCUGCUGUCCAAAGCCAACGCCGAGGUGGCCCAGUGGAGGAGCAAGUACGAGGCAGACGCCAUCCAAAGGACGGAGGAGCUGGAGGAGGCCAAGAAGAAGCUGGCCCUGAGGCUGCAGGAGGCAGAAGAAGGCGUGGAGGCCGCAAAUGCCAAAUGCUCCUCCCUGGAGAAGGCCAAGCUGCGGCUGCAGACGGAGUCGGAGGACGUGAGCCUGGAGCUGGAGCGGGCCACCUCGGCCGCUGCCGCCCUGGAUAAGAAGCAGAGGCACCUGGAGCGGGCCCUGGAGGAGCGCAGGCGGCAGGAGGAGGAGACGCAGCGCGAACUUGAGGCUGCGCAGAGGGAGGCGCGGGCUCUGGGCACCGAGCUCUUUCGGCUGCGGCACAGCCACGAGGAGGCGCUCGAGGCCCUGGAGACGCUCAAGCGCGAGAACAAGAAUCUGCAGGAGGAGAUCAGUGACCUCACAGACCAGGUUGGCCUCAGUGGGAAGAGCAUCCAGGAACUGGAGAAAGCCAAGAAGGCACUGGAAGGGGAGAAGAGCGAGCUGCAGGCCGCACUGGAGGAGGCCGAGGGGACCCUGGAGCUGGAGGAGACCAAGACUCUGCGGAUCCAGCUGGAGUUGUCCCAGGUCAAGGCAGAAGUGGACCGGAAGCUGGCGGAGAAGGACGAGGAGUGCACCAACCUGAGGCGCAACCACCAGCGGGCCGUGGAGUCCCUGCAGGCCUCCCUGGAUGCCGAGACUAGGGCCCGCAACGAAGCGCUGCGGCUCAAGAAGAAGAUGGAGGGGGACCUCAAUGAGCUGGAGCUACAGCUGGGCCACGCCACCCGCCAGGUCAUGGAGGCACAGGCAGCCACGAGGCUGCUGCAGGCCCAGCUCAAGGAGGAGCAGGCGGGGCGCGACGAGGAGCAGCGGAUAGCGGCCGAGCUCCGCGAGCAGGGGCAGGCGCUGGAGCGCAGGGCGGCUCUGCUGGCGGCCGAGCUGGAGGAGCUGCGGGCCGCCCUGGAGCAGGGCGAGCGCAGCCGAAGGCUGGCCGAGCAGGAGCUGCUGGAGGCCACCGAGCGCCUCAACCUCCUGCACUCACAGAACACAGGCCUCCUGAACCAGAAAAAGAAGCUGGAGGUGGACCUGGCCCAGCUGAGUGGGGAGGUGGAGGAGGCCGCGCAGGAGAGGCGGGAAGCCGAAGAGAAGGCCAAAAAGGCCAUCACCGAUGCAGCUAUGAUGGCUGAGGAGCUGAAAAAGGAGCAGGACACCAGCGCACACCUGGAGCGGAUGAAGAAGACGCUGGAGCAGACGGUGCGGGAGCUGCAGGCGCGCCUCGAGGAGGCGGAGCAGGCGGCCCUCAGGGGCGGCAAGAAGCAAGUGCAGAAGCUGGAGGCCAAGGUGCGGGAGCUGGAGGCAGAGCUCGAUGCGGAGCAGAAGAAACACGCCGAGGCCCUCAAGGGCGUGCGCAAGCACGAGCGCCGUGUCAAGGAGCUUGCCUACCAGACGGAGGAAGACAGGAAGAACCUGGCUCGCAUGCAGGACCUGGUGGACAAGCUACAGAGCAAGGUCAAGAGCUACAAGCGUCAGUUCGAGGAGGCGGAGCAGCAGGCCAGCACCAACCUGGCUAAGUACCGCAAGGCCCAGCACGAGCUAGACGAUGCCGAGGAGCGGGCAGACAUGGCAGAGACCCAGGCGAACAAGCUGCGGGCAAGGACCAGGGAUGCCCUGGGCCCCAAGCACAAGGAGUGACAGACACCCCAGGCUCUGAAGAGGAGUAUCCAGUGUGAUCCUGUUGUCUCUUCCCAUCUGCCACUCCACCCUCCCUGAGCCCUGAAACCCCGAAUAAACACCAUGUCUGCAUGAA